GGGGUAAUUUGGCGUUCCGUAAAAUGUAAACUUGGUUAGUCCGACUUCGACCAACCGAGUUGAUCUAAAAUCCAUUUUGGUAUCAACCUUAUGGUUGAGUUCAACUCAACCAGGUAGACGCCAAAACGCGCCUCAUGACGGUGUGGUCGAACACGACGGUGUGGCGGCCAAGUGAACUCGUAGCUUGCUGAGGUCUUUAGUUUAACGUUUAAAUUUUCAUUGGAAAUCGGGAAUUGUCUUUCUUCUCGUUUUCUUCUCAGUCGGUGCCUUAAACAACAUUUGUCUAAACGAAUUUGCACAUUCAAGAUAAGACAAACUAGUGCUGCUUCUUUAGAGUAAUUCAGAAAUGCUCCCCCGUUGUCUACGCGCCUUCAGCAAACCUCUGUGUAUUAGAUUCCAAGAAAAUGGAAUUCUAGGAACAAUUGCAAACCGUCAUUUGCAGUUUGUUGGAGUUAACAACUUCAGCUCAACAAGAAUGUCUGGCACACCACAAGGUCUAAGCCUGGAGAAAUGCAGUGACAAAAAGGAUACUCUUUACAAGAGUGUAGAGAUUGAGAUACGUAGUGGUGAACCAGCUGUCCUUCUAAGCUAUGAGUGGUUUACCUCUUAUGCUGCAAAGCAAUUGGGAAUAACUAUAGGAAAAUGUUGGGCUCCACCAAAGGCACACCACAAUCGAUUAACUCUUCUUAAGUCAAUUCAUAUUUAUAAGAAGCACAGAGUGCAAUACGAAAUUCGAACUUACUUCCGCCACAUGACUUAUGAAAGGUUAACAGAAUCCACGCUUAAAACUUUCUUGGAAUAUAUUCAGCGUAAUGUUCCGGAAGGUGUUGCUGUUAAGGUCACUAAGAAAUCCGUAGUGAAUCUUCCGCCAUCACUGAACGACUCAGUGCAGUUAACAGGGGACAAGAAUUGGGUCCAAUGCCAAAAAAAGAAUGAUGGAUUACAUAUAAUACAGUAGUAAUUGCCAAAUCGAAGCUAUCGGAUUACACGAAGAUAAGCAGUAAGAAUAUCGAACAGCGAAGGGUUCAUAUGUUGCUCAAAGAAGACAAGAAUAGUUCGUUGUUUCCGUUCACGGAAACCUCCUGCCCAUAGAUCUUGAACUUCUGAUGUUGAAGGUAAACGCAACUCUUGGCAGAAAGCUUAUACAACAUGAUGUACAUAGGUCAUGUAUAUUACUGUUUCCCAACGCAAACCCGUGUGGACUAAUAACCACGUAAUUAACAAAAGGAACAAGUACAACUCAAUUAACGAAAAGAUAAUGGAUGCGUAAAUUCAAACAAGAAACGUCGCCAAAUUAAGGUGAGUUUGUCGUCGGCUCUGUGAUGCUGCUGCUACUACUAGAACCUGAAGUAGCCCAUACUAAAUUAAAAAAUAAUAAUAAAUUAAGACAGAAAACAAAGAGAACUAAAGCAUGAAACUAGCAUCGCAGAAAGGG